AUGGGUACAUCAUGUUCUUGUAAAUCUAUGUUCUCUGUAUGCACAGCUGAAAUCACAAGACAUCAUACACUCUCCCCAAAAUCCGAAAAACAAACAGAAAAAGAUAAUUCCUUCAUUCAAAUAUCGGAUAACACAGAUAAGCAUUUCAUACUAUAAUAAUAUCCAGAGAGAUUUAUCAUUGUUUAUCCCUCUGAUGAUGAAAAUUAUGAAGUUCUAAAGCAGGAGCUAAUAGAGAUAAAUGAAAAUUGCUCACUAAUCAUAUAAGAAUAUAAGGAUUAUACUUAGAAUUCAAUUAAUUACUAGGAGUUAUCAAGCCUACAGCCAUGCUCAUUCAAUGACUUUAAGCUAUGA